AUGUCGAACUGGAAAUGCCUCAGCCUGACAGAAGACAAAUGCCAGGACAGUGACAGUCACUGGAAAUUGUUUCCUUUGGAGGGGGUGGAAGGUGCUGCGACGUGCAGAGGCCAAAAGAGAUCUGCCACUUCCAAUGGCGUGAGCAGUUGGACCCACUUCCCAUUGGAUGGAGACGUUGCGCAUCCCAGGGGGCAAAAGCAACUGAACUGCACACAGCAGUCCCCGAAGGCUUCAUCCUGGCAACACCUGCCUUUGGAUACAGAAGUUCCUCCUGCGAAGCACCAAUGCAAGCAGUCACGGAGUGCAGCAGCAGCUGUUAGUACACCCGUCGUCCACAAGCCUUGCCUGGACAAUGACAGUUGGAAGAGCUGCCUGUCUGCAGAAGAGGUUGUGGCCGAGAAGGGAGCUGGGCCUCUUGAAGUAAACCUGACCAAGGAGGUGCUGUCAUGUAUGCCAAAGGUGCCACUGUCGCAGCAGACAUCCUACGCGCAGACUGCCAAGAACAGCAGCCGCAUCCAAGAUGUCCUGAGAUCACGCUGUAGUUGCACUGCAAAUUGCUUGUCCAAGCUCCACAAGACAGCAACAGAGGCUGUUGUGCGCAUGUGGCAUGAGCUUUCCCCUGAAACACAUCUCAUGGUGCUCCAUGGCCUCUAUGACAGCUGCCCUGAGAAGAUGGACUGCAGGAGGCGACGGUGGGCUUUGAACGGUCAACACGUGUGCUUCCGUGGCUUGGCCAAGGUCCUGGGCCACAACGAGCGGACGCUGCGCAAGUGCAUUCAUGGUGAUGCUGACAAGCGAGGUGCUGAGCUACGGCAGCCCAGGGACUGCCCCCAGACGACAUUUGUGCAUCACUUCUUCCUUGAUCUUUAUCUCACUGCAGCAGAGGAUUUGCCAGAGGUUGAAAGCUUGCAGAAUGUCGAUGAGAAAAUCAAGGCAGGUGACAUUGCUGAGCCACAGACUUUCCAGUGGUCACCGGAGACGCCAGUUGUGGACCGCAUAGUUGCUCUUCUGUCCAAAGACUGCACUGCCCCUGUGCGGUGGCUGCCACCUGGUCAGCUGAGUGACCUCUGGCUGCAGUUUCUGGCCUGGUCGGAGUCACAUAGCAGGGUGCGCAGGAAUAAGGAUACAGUGAAGAUAGGUCCAGGCCUGGAAUUUGUACCGGGCUGGUACACGUUCUACAACGCUUGGAAACAUCAUUGGCAUUUGCGUCUCCUCAGGUUCAGGCCAACAUCCUCACACAAAGAAUGCGACAUUUGUUUUGAUCUCAAGGAAGCCUUGCAUCUACGAUCUCUGUCACAGGAGGAGAAGGUCAGUAAGGCUGCUGAGUGGCGCCAGCAUUUAGCAGACACUUAUCAUGACCGCAUGGUAUAUUAUACCAUGCGGUAUGCCAGCAGAGCCCGUCUCAAUGUUCUUUGCAUGAUCGUUGACUCUAUGGACAAGGCAAAGUGGAGCUACCCUCGCAUGAACAUCGGCCGGAUCCCUGAGAGUCUUGAAAAGCUCAAGAGACCCAGAUUAGUCGUGACGGCUUGCUUGGCUCAUGGCUUCACUACUGGCCUCUUCAUUCAAGACAGUGAAAGGGUCACCCAUGGAGCCAACUGCUUCCUGGACCAGGUGUGUCGAAUCAUUGAAGUUGUGAGGACGCAGGGGCCUUGCCCAGAACAUUUGUUCUUGCAAACGGACAACACAACUGCGCUGUCCAAGAACUCUACCAGCCAUGUUUUUGCAGCUUUACUGGUUGCCAAGAAACAUUUUGCAACUGUCAAUAUGACAUACCUGGUGAAAGGACACACACAUGAGGAUAUUGACGCCUACUUUUCAAGGCUGUUGCCAAUCAUUCGCCGCUCUGAGUUCAACAAUGUGUCAGAGGCUGCAAGCCUCCUGCGGCGAGUGCUGCAAGGAAAUGCAGAUGGCCAGAAAGAUCCUGUGGUAGUGCAGGAAAUCAAGGCUGUCAAGGACUUUGAGACAUGGCUCCGCCCAUUGGGUACCAGGCUGCACAACACCUUUAGAACUCGGAAGCUUGGCUGGCAUAGUGCACUUUCCCUGAGUCCUAUGCCCUGGACUCCAAGGCAGCAGAUUCAUGGAAGAGUUUGUUUCCCACGACACCUUGUGUUUAGUAUCCAUGGCACAUGA